ACAGUCCGAGAUCAUUUACAUCCCACACAUCACAUAACGAGGUUAAGGCAUUCAAGACACCUCGAAGGAUUCAACUCAAUCCACACUUCUUUUUCAUCUGCCUCAUCACCGAAGCUGGCGGUCAAGGACAACCAUAAACCUCUCUUCACCGAGUGCUUAAACUACAGGCCGACUGUCAAAGAAGAGCAGCCAGUUGGGACUUAUGUGUUCACGGUCCAUGCAGAAGACAAGGAUCCACCUGAAAUGGGUGGCACAGUGACAUACAAGUUUGUUUCCACACCGGGUGAAAAGGAGCGGUUUCACGUUGACCCAGAAACAGGACGGAUAACUACAGCUGAUAUUUUCGACCACGAUGAGCCUUCGAGAGAGAAAGAAGCAUACAUAACAGUCCGCGCUAGUGACAAUGGACAACCACAAUUAGAUGAUGCCUGUACAAUAAAAAUAUUAAUAGAAGAUAUCAAUGACAAUCAGCCAGUUUUCGACAAAGUUUCUUACUCCGAGUCCGUCCCUCAAGAUCUACCGAGUGGCAGGGAGGUAAUGAGGAUAUCUGCAACUGACAUCGAUGAUGGGAAUAAUUCCAUAGUUCACUACAGCCUCGAUUCUAAUUCUCCGGACCAAGCAUAUUUUUACAUCGACCCAGAUAAUGGAGUGAUAUUUUUAAAUAAAACUAUCGAUAAAGUACCCGGUUACAAAUUCAAAUUAAGUGCAAUAGUAAAAGACAUGGGGGACCCACCACAGCAGAGUUCUAUCACAUUAGAUAUCCAAGUCGUUGAAUCUAAUAAGAAAAGCCCUUCUUUCAUAGAAGUUCCAUCUGGUCCCAUUAGGUUAAAGGAGAACUACGCAGACUUCAACGCACCUAUUGCUACUGUUAAGGCUGUAUCGAAUAUUCCCGAGGAAGAGAAGCUACAGUUUGAAUUGGUGAUGGGUCAGACAGAACAGACUAAUAAAUGGCACACAUUUGUAUUAGAACCGGAAGCAGAUACGGCUUAUAUCAAACUCGGCAACCAUUUAGAUUACGAGAAAAUUACAGAUUACACCCUCACUGUCAGAAUACAGAAUAACUACAAAUUAGCAGCGGAAACAAUUAUCCAAAUCGAAGUUGAAGACGUCAAUGAUAACAUACCGAUUUUCAGUGAGAUAAGAUCUGGUAGUGUAUUAGAAAACGAACCACCCGGCACACCAGUGAUGCAAGUUCGAGCGUUCGACGCUGACGGCACAUCUGCUAACAACCAAGUUACAUACCAACUUGGAGAUCCAUCAGAUCCCUUUGCUAUAGACAGUGUUACUGGCAAUAUCACAACUCUCAAAAUGUUCGAUAGAGAAGAAAAGAGUUUCUACAAUAUCAAAAUUAUUGCCACUGACAAUUCAGAGUCAGCGCUCAUACCAGGGAAACAUAACGCUGGUCAACAAUCGUUUUUGAUAGAGAUAGCUGAUAAGAAUGACAACCCACCGCAUUUCACACAAGACACUUAUGUAGCGGAAAGUAUAGCCGAGAAUGCUAAUAUCAACGAGCUUGUCACCCAAGUUACAGCAAUUGACACUGACACAGCGUCGGUAGUGACAUACAGCAUUGUUGCCGGCAACACUUAUGAUGCGUUUGUCAUCCGUAACUUCACCGGCGAAAUCAGAGUGAACAACGAACUAGAUUACGAAAACAUCACCACUUACAGUCUGGACGUCAGAGCUUUCGAUGGCAUUUAUGAAGAUUAUGCUAAAGUAAUCAUUAACAUUGAAAAUCUUAACGACAAUCCACCAGUAUUUUUGGAUAAUUACACUAAAACUAUCGAAGAGGAGAAACUGUAUGAAGGUUGUAUUGUCAAGGUAGAGGCGUACGACCCAGAUAUAAAAGACCGGAAUGCACCACAGAGUAUCGUGUAUUCCUUAGUAAAGCAUGAGCAAAAGGAGUUCCUUCAAAUAGACAACGAUGGAUGUUUACGUCUCACCAAGCCUUUAGACCGCGACCAACCUACGGGGUUCACGAGAUGGCAGAUCCUCAUCAUGGCCGCCGAUCAAGGAGGCAGAUUAGGAUCUGACAGCCUGAGGUCGACAACAGAAGUCAUAUUGGAGUUAACUGACAUCAAUGAUAACGCUCCGUUCUUAACUAACACACAGCCCAUAAUUUGGUACGAGAAUGAACCUCCCGGGCAAGUGGUGGUUUUGACAGCCAAAGAUUACGAUUCGCCCGAAAACGGACCUCCGUUCGAAUUUGCGUUGAACGAUUCGGCAUCCUUCGAGAUACGCACCAAAUUUCAAAUUCAAGGAAACAUCCUAUCGACGUUAGUGACAUUCGACAGAGAACAGCAGAAGGAAUAUAAGAUACCGGUAGCCAUCACCGAUUCCGGCACUCCGCGGUUAACUGGGGUGUCCAUACUCCACGUUGUGAUUGGAGACAGGAACGACAACCCAAUGGGACCGGGGCACAGCGAUAUCUUCGUUUAUAAUUACAAGGGCGAGGCACCGGAUACUGAAAUCGGACGGGUGUACGUCACAGACCCGGACGACUGGGACCUACCGGACAAGCGAUUCAUGUGGUUACCGUCGUAUGAGCAAAGGAGUCCAUACUUCGAUGUCCAUAGCAACACUGGUAUGAUCACUAUGAAGGAAGGCACACCAAACGGCACUUAUUUAUUGAAAUUCAAUGUUACGGAAGAAAACGAACCCAUAGUACCGUUCCAUUGGGUGGAAGCCACUGUUAAUGUAACUGUUAAGGAAAUCCCCGAAGAAGCGGUGGACAAAUCUGGCUCCAUACGCUUUGUCAAUAUCACAGCAGAGGAAUUCAUUGUUCCAGAGGCGGAUGGUACGAGUAAGAAAGACAAACUACACCGUCGCCUCUCGGAGUUGUACAACACUUCAAUGGACAAUGUAGACGUUUUCACCGUGUUCGCCAAGCCGACUGUGAAGGAUGUUUAUUUAGAUGUGAGAUUUUCCGCUCACGGUUCUCCGUACUAUCCUUCAGAGAAACUGGAUAGCAUGGUCAUUGGCAUUCAAGAAAAGUUGGAAAGCGAACUCGAUGCAAAAAUCUACAUGGUGAAAAUAGAUGAAUGUUUAAUAGAAAAGGAGCAAUGUGAAGAUUCCUGUCGCAACGUUCUAAUGAAAAAUAAUGUCCCACUCUCCGUCUAUACUAAUACCACUAGCUUCGUCGGCGUUUCUGCAAGAGUAGAGUCCGAAUGCACAUGUGAUAUUGAAGACCCAUUGAUCUGUCUUAAUGGAGGUACUCCGUUUGCGGACAAAUGCGAAUGUCCAGAAGGUCUAUCAGGGCCUCGUUGCGAACAAACCUCCAUAGGUUUCCACGGAGAAGGCUGGGCUAUGUACCAGUCGCCGCCCGCCUGCCACGAAGGUCAUGUCACUCUGACAGUGACGUCACACACUAGUAACAGUCUCGUCUUCUACUUGGGACCACUGAAGCAUAACCCUCUUUUGGAUGUACAAGACUUCAUGUCUCUGGAGUUAGUUGACGGGUAUCCAGUCCUCCUAGUCAACUACGGCUCCGGAACUACCCGCCUAAACAACAGUGUAGUACACGUGGCAGAUGGCAAACCACACCUGAUCGAAAUAGUGCUGAUGAGGAGCUCAAUUGAAAUGUUUGUAGACCGAUGCAAGCUGUCCACUUGUAUGAGCCUCGCUGCCCCUACUGGACCACGGGAAAUAUUAAAUGUGAACGGGCCGCUUCAGUUAGGUGGCGCUAGCAUCGACCUCUCGCAUCUCGCUCACUCCUUCGGCUGGGGUCACGUGCCGAGCAACCAGCAUUUCGUCGGAUGUAUCAGCAAUUUUACGUACAACGAUUUUAUGUAUAAUUUAGGCGAGCCCUCAGUCCACCGCAACGCAGACCCAAGCUGUCAGAAGAGCAUGUUCACAGCUGUCACAUUUGGUAUCGACACCAACUUUUUAGUGGCAAUAUUAGUUUGCAUCACUAUAUUAGUCAUACUCCUACUGGCCGUGGUAGUUCAUCGGCGUAGAGCAGACGCUUGGGCCGAAAAGGAACUGGACGAUAUAAGAGAGAAUAUCAUAGCUUAUGAAGACGAAGGUGGCGGCGAAGGCGAUGCGGGAUACGAUCUCCACGUACUGAGGCAGAUGUAUGAUGGACCACCACCUGAUACCGACCCCACGUUUAUGCACGCUCCUGGCUUAGUGGGUGCGGCGCCGGACAUUUCCGGUUUCCUCGAUGACAAGAAGUCCGUACUAGACAGGGACCCUGAUAUCAACCCGUACGACGACGUACGUCAUUACGCGUACGAGGGAGACGGCAAUACUAGUGGGUCUCUCUCGUCCCUGGCUAGCUGUACGGACGAUGGCGAUUUAAAAUUCAAUUACCUAUCAACAUUCGGACCAAGAUUCCGCAAAUUAGCCGACAUGUAUGGUGAUUCGGAUGAGGAUAGACCACCGCACGAAGAAUCCUGGUGCUAG